AUGUCGAGUCAGAUGAAACGGCUCAUGAAGCAGCGACAGACUGGUCGCUACUAUCGUGGCCAGCAGCAGGCACAGCAGCGCCGUAGGGAUGAUGCUGACGAGAGAAGCACUCCACGGGCGCAGAAGCGGGCCCGUGGAGAGGACGGAAUGCAUCCCGUUUCUACAAAUGGGGACGAGGAGAUUGAGCGGCUUGGAAUCAUCCCCAAAGUCACGCUUGACGAAAUGGGUGGACUCGCAAAGGAGAUCCCGAUAAUCAGGGAGUUGAUUGAACUGCCCAUUCGCUCACCUCAUUUGUUUAGCCGGCUUGGGGCCGAUCCUCCCUGUGGUGUGCUACUCCACGGCCCUCCUGGCUGUGGCAAAACCAAGCUGGUGCAUGCCAUUGCCGGUUCGCUACAGACGCCAUUGUUUUUUGUGGCGGCACCAGAAAUUGUGUCCGGCAUCAGUGGCGACAGCGAGGCGAAGUUGCGCAACCUCUUCAUGGACGCCAUCAGCGCGGCACCGAGUAUUGUCUUCAUUGAUGAAAUUGACACCAUUGCAGGACGCCGGGACCAGACGCAACGUGGCAUGGAGGGCCGCAUCGUGGGGCAGCUGCUGUCUUGCAUGGACCAAGUCUCACAGGCAUGGCGGCAGGAGAAUAAAGUCGUCUGUGUGAUGGGGGCGACAAACCGCCCAGAGGCGAUCGACACCGCCCUGCGGCGCGCAGGUCGAUUUGACCGUGAAAUUUCUCUCGGCAUUCCAACCAUAGCUGAGCGGCAGAGUAUUUUAAAUAUCAUUUGUCAGAAACUGCAUGUCGCGUCAGAUGUGGAUUUUUUUGAGCUUGCGAAUAUGACGCCUGGAUACGUUGGGGCAGAUCUUCACCUUUUAGUGAAGGAGGCCUGCAUUUUAGCUAUUCGUCGCAAGUAUACCGAGCUAGAGAAGGCGGGCGAGCUUGAAAACCCCAACACGGAGGCGCUCACGUCGUUUGCCGUCACCUUUGCGGAGAUGAAGGAGGCCACAAAGCGGGUCCAGCCAAGUGCGAUGCGAGAGGGGUUCACCACAAUUCCCAAUGUUACCUGGAACGACAUUGGCGCCCUGGAAGACGUACGUGAGGAGCUUUUCACGAGUAUUCUGCAACCUAUUCGCGCCCCCAGGCUGCACAGGCGCUUUGGUUUGGAUCACCCUGUGGGGGUGCUCCUCUACGGCCCUCCCGGCUGCGGAAAGACGCUUGUGGCGAAGGCAAUUGCAAACCAGUCAGGCGCCAACUUUAUCUCCAUUAAGGGGCCCGAAUUAUUAAACAAGUUUGUUGGUGAAAGUGAACGGAGUGUGCGAAUGGUGUUUGCGCGCGGACGUGCGAGUGCUCCGUGUGUGCUGUUUUUUGACGAAUUGGACGCGCUUGCGCCUCGUCGUGGGUCAGACCGUGCCAACCCAAGUAGCGAGCGUGUCGUGAAUCAGUUGUUAACCGAAAUGGACGGGGUUGAGGGGCGGGAGGAUGUGUACGUCAUUGGGGCGACAAACCGACCUGACAUGAUUGAUCCCGCCAUGCUGCGUCCAGGGCGUCUGGAUAAGCUCCUCUACGUGCCGCUUCCCUCCGUCGAGCAGCGUGCCUCCAUCCUGGCGACGCACGCCCGCCGCUACCCGAUUGAGGCUUCGGUGGACCUCAACCGCAUUGCCCAUGACCCACGACUGCAGGGGUUCAGCGGGGCGGACCUCGCGGCUCUCGUGCGGGAGGCAUCGCUGCAUGCCCUCAAGAAACUGUACCAUGCCUCCACCACCGAGGAGCUUGACUUGUUGGAGCGCAACCUCAGUGAUGAGAACUGCGCGAAAACCCUGCUGCCGUCCGUCUGCGGCGACGAUUUUGAGGCCAGUCUGCAGAAGGUGAGGCCCUCCGUCACUGCGGAGGACCGGGAGAGCUAUGAGUUGCUCCACCGGCAGAUCAUGCAGUCGGCGAAGGCCACAGGCUAA